AUACUUCAACUACAAUAAACAGUCCAACUUUCUAGUCUUUGACGCAAAACAGCGCGAAAUCCAAAACAUGCAAAAUUCUCUAACAGUUGCUUCUAAAAUGGAGCUUUGUUCCAUGCAACAUUCUUCAUCUCCCUUAACUACUUUACCUUCUUCUCUACUAUUUCGAAGCAAUUUCGUAAAAACAAGGUACUUUUAUGAUCGAUUUGUUAAAUUCUCCAUUCCUAUGAAAUACCCAGGUGCUAAAAGUCUCAACAAAUCAUACAUUAAAGCUCAAUUAUCAUCUGGUGCAACAAGAUUUAGCUCUUCCACAGUUGAGGCAACGAUCGAGACUGUUGAUUCCAAAGAUGAUGAUGUUGUGUUUGUUGCUGGUGCUACUGGUAAAGUUGGCUCACGAACUGUAAGGGAGCUAUUGAAACUGGGAUACCAAGUAAGAGCUGGAGUCAGGAGUGCACAGAGAGCAGAAAGCCUGGUACAAAGUGUUAAACAGAUGAAGGUGGAAACAGAUGCCACAAGUGGACGUAAACCUAUAGAGAUGCUUGAAAUCGUGGAAUGUGAUCUAGAGAAGCCUAAUCAGAUUGUUCCAGCACUAGGUAGAGCUUCAGUGGUCAUAUGUUGCAUUGGCGCCAGUGAGAAGGAAAUUUUUGAUGUGACUGGACCCUAUCGUAUUGAUUUUCUGGCUACCAAAAACCUCGUUGAUGCAGCAACUGUUGCAAAAGCUAGCCAUUUCAUCCUGGUUACUUCCCUGGGAACGAACAAGUUUGGAUUUCCUGCAGCAGUCCUGAAUUUGUUUUGGGGAGUGCUUUGUUGGAAGAGGAAAGCAGAAGAAGCAUUGAUAGCCAGCGGUGUUCCCUACACGAUAGUGAGACCAGGAGGUAUGGAAAGGCCUACUGAUAGUUUCAAGGAAACUCAUAACAUCACCCUUUCACAAGAGGACACUCUAUUUGGGGGCCUAGUCUCAAAUCUGCAGGUGGCAGAGCUCUUGGCAUUUAUGGCACAAAACCGGAACCUUUCUUACUGCAAAGUAGUGGAAGUAGUUGCUGAAACGACUGCACCAUUAACUCCUAUGGCAGAGCUCCUCGUGAAGAUCCCUUCUAAACGCGAAGACUUGCCGAAACCAAAGGAACAGGAUGCUACAACUAAGCCACUUGAUGCUGAACCUGCCAAAAGCUUCAUCUCUGAGGUACCAACUGAUGUAACUGCGAAGGAAACAGUUCAAAACAAAAGCAUGCUGGCUAGGCCUUUGUCUCCUUUCACAAUGUAUGAUGACUUAAAGCCACCUUCCUCACCAUGCCCAACUGCUCCCGGUGGUCAAGCAAAGCAAAUUGUACCUGAUCGUACAGAACCUGUUACACCAACUACUCCAACUAGUUCUUCAGAAACAAAAGCUGAUACUGCUGAGACAAAUACGAUCAAAUCGCAGAAAGCACAGCCUCUUUCACCUUAUGUUGCCUAUGAGGAUUUGAAGCCUCCCAGUUCUCCAAGCCCAUCUCCUCCUGGUAAUUCCCGUGAAGAAUUUUUGAAGACCUCGAUAACUGUGGAUGAUGUACCAAAGGUCACUAAUGGCACCUUGACUGAAGAUGCACAGCAGGAAAUCAUUUUUUACCAUUCACCCUACCCUGUAUAUGAAGAUUUCAAACCCCCCACAUCACCAACACCAGCUGCUCCUAAUUCAUUGGUCACCUCCAUGACCUCAAAUCGUGCUGAAUCUCAGAUGGCUAGCUUGUCAAGUAAUGGUCCAGUCGAACCUGUCAAAGUACAUGAUGAUGCAGGGGAUGAGCAGACUUCCAUACAACCGAAGCCAAGACCACUUUCUCCGUAUACUAUGUAUGAUGACUUGAAGCCACCAAGUAGUCCAACACCAUCAUCACCAGGAAACCAAUAACUGUUCUAGCGCGGAUAUUUUCGACCAAGGGAUCACUAACGCCUGGGUGAAAUUCAAUAUCAACUCCAUUUUGAUGACAUGAGUUUAACUGUCAAUUCUAAGCUUUGAGCAUAGAGUCUUUAUGUGCAAAAUGUUGUUACUACAAUCUGAUUCAUACUAAAACAUGCUCCUUUCUAUUGCCAUUUGAAGUUAUCACGGUUCCUCGUGUAUAUAUUCAUUGUGAGCAUUAGUGGAUUUCUUAUUUGGGGUC